AGCACUAUGUUUAUGUCAACUAUGAAUAUGACAUACAGCACAUUCACCCAGUAUAGAACAUGGACUCGAACAGCAAAAGAUGAGAAAGAUUGUGGAAUUAAAUGUCUUCAUUUUGGAAACUGUAAUUCAUUCUGGUUCCAACAAACUUCCUUCCGUCCAGGAACUGUUUUUGGAACAUGUGAGGGGGCGAUGCUAUCAACUCUUGUGGAUACAAAUAAUGGUAUAAGAAUAUUUAUUGAUGCUGGGAGUUAUGAUGAGUGGGAUAUUCUAUGCAGUGGCAGUGAGGGUUGCUGUCGCAGAACUGGAAGUGGUAGAGAGCUGUGUGGACUUUGGGAAGGAGAUUGCAACAAUGACAAUGAAUGCGCUGGAACACUGAAAUGCGGCAACAAUAAUUGUGUACAGCACUGGGGUGAGGGUGGACUAUGGGAUGCUGAAGAUGAUUGCUGUGAACCCCCCUGUACUCCAGACCAUCCUUGUGCUGAGGGGGAGGGACACUGUGAAAUUGAUGCAGAUUGCCAGAACCCUGGUUUGCUAAAAUGUGGAAAUGACUUAUGUAUUCACAGCACUUACUUUCCAAGUCAUCUGUUCCCUGAGCAUUCUCUAACCUUCUACCAAGCAACUGAUAACUGCUGCUAUAGGGUGUGCAACAAGCGGUACAGAGUGUGUGGACACAAUGAAGUUGGUUGUUUAAAUGAUGAUGACUGUGCAACUGGGUUGUACUGCAAGAAAGAUGUAGUUCAGCCAUACUGUGAAGAUGUAAAUGAAUGUGAUCCAAAUAAUCCAAAGAACCAUUUGUAUCCAGGACUAGCAUACUGUGGGAUACACUCUACCUGCACCAAUACUAUUGGGAGUUUCAGCUGUUCAUGUCAAACCGGUUUUAAAGAUUGGCUGCCAGUUGCUGGCUGUAUAGACAUUGCCCGAGUAGAAUCUUAGAGUCGGGAACCUAGUCUUAGGCGCCGGGCCGACUUUCUCCGACCCUCUGUUUUUGGAAAAAAAUAUCAAAUUUCAACAAAUAUAUGUAAUAUGAGCAAAAACCAUUAAAAUAUUUGAGCAUUCCUCUCCCCAUCCCUUUCUUCAAGCACCCCUCCAUAUGUCCCAACCCCAGUU